CGCCAUGCCUGUUGCGCUCAUUUCCCAGCAUGCAUCGCAAAUUUAUAUAGCCAUCUUGUCGGGAGGUGAAAUUUUAGAUAUUCUGUUUCCGAAGUCUGCCAGUUACUUAGCUAUAAACUUUAAUUUCUAACCGUUUGUUUUCGUAGUUGUUUCGUUAGUAUGCCCGAAUCUAGUCGCCGAGUGUAGUGCCAUAUGACGCGGUGUUUCAAAGCGCUCGUGCAGGAUGUGUUUGAUACUUAUAUGUAGGUAGAGAAGUGAGAGGCAGCAGGGGGAGUGAACGCAGCUCAAUCUACGACAGCGGCCUUACACACACCGCCCUUACCGAGCUCGGAUCACCAGCAUAUGAGGAUAAACUAAUAACCGACACGUCAUCUUUCAUACACCGCUUGCGGAGGUUGUUUUCGUCCGCCGUUCACGCGUCGACAAUGCAACAGGAGAGAAGAGGAAGACGAUGACGCAGGAUCAUCGCGCAAAACUGUGAAAUUUAGGGUCCGGUGCCGCAACAAUCUGCUGUUUUGUGAAGUCAUCGGCGUCUUUAAGGGGUCUCCGUGUCAUAAAAAGCUGUUAAGCAUGUCUAAGAUGCCGGCCAAGAAGAAGAGUUGCUUUCAGAUCACGAGUGUGACUCAGGCUCAAGUCGCGGCCAACAGCGCGACCGACGACACCGAGAGCCUGGACGACCCGGAUGAGUCCCGGACAGAGGACGUGUCCUCCGAGAUAUUUGACAUGUCCAGGACUGACUAUGAGCCCGAGGUUUGUGACAUUAGCUCCUCGGAGGAGACUCUGAAUAAUGUGGGUGAGUCAGAGGGGCAGUUGCCCACUGCCCUCCCUCUGAACGGUGGGUUUGGCCAGCGCAACCUGGGUCAUCAGGGCGUCCAGGCCUCUAGUUCUCAAGCAGCGGGCACGUCUCAAGUCACAAAUUCGUCAAGCGCGACAACCAUAACCAGCUGCAGUUCACGCUUCAGGGUCAUUAAGCUUGACCAUGGCACCGGAGAGCCCUUCAGGAGGGGCCGGUGGACCUGUAUGGAGUAUUAUGAGAAAGACACGGAGGGCUCUAUGAUGAGCAGGACUGUGGAUAGCAUAAGGCACACCAGUGUGACGGAGACCGGAGCGGAUAGGGACAGUGGGCUCGGGGCCACCGUUGGCUCCGUAAUGGCUCACGUGGCACCUGACACAGGUGGCGACGGGUCAUCUUUGACCGGCCCGAGUUCCGGUUCACCUGAGACCUUUAGUAAUAAGUCAGUGCCUCCACCUGCUCAGCAGCCGGUGCUGGGCAACUCUCAUGUGGCUGGCCCUCACAGUCUCCAUCACGAUGGAGGACACCCGGGCGCCCACCUUCAGAAAUCUCCAAGCAUCCCUUCUCCUCAAGUGCAGCCGUUGCUUUAUCAGCCCCAGAAUAGUGCACACCACCUGCAAAGCCAACCGGCUCUGAUAUCAACCAGCCAGCCUGAUUACGGCCAGCUUAACAUGCCUAUUACAGUCACCCAAACUCACUCCGGAGCAAGCCUUUCUGUCGGACAUGCCGUCAGUCAGGGGUCGUCCCCCAUUCCAACCCCAUCCGCUGGAGGUAUGCAGGUUCUGGGUACAGUAGAAAUCCCUGGAGGUGUUCCCUUAGGGAGCCAGCCGGUGUCGUCUGUCCCAAACCUGGUGCAGCAUUCUGCUGUGGGGCUGUUGAGCAGCGUCGCCUCUAUGGCCUCCAUUCAGCAACCACCAGUUGGACAAUACCAGGCCUCAGGAGUAAUGCAAGGCUUGUCGACAAUGGCGCAAAGCACUCAGAACAUGCCCGUACUACCAGUGACAGUCACAGUAGGAGGCGUGCCAGCCUCAAGUGUGCUCGCUUCUCUGCCAGGAUCUGCAACAGUACCCAACCUUAAUACCUCUGCACAUAGCCAGACAUCCCAGGUUCCUCGCAGUGGGACGGCAGCGGGCAUCGGCUCUCCGGCCACGGGCUUCAGUCAGACGGAUGAGAGCCGAAGGAUGUCUGAUGCGUCGGCACAGGUUCACAGUAAAGACAUGGUGAAGCCCUUUAUCACAGAAGGCCUGCAGUUAUCCAACCCGGCUGUCAACAGUCUUUUCGGAAUACCCAUUCCCAUUGAUGGGGAGGAGGACAGGAAUCCCUCCACAGCUUUCUACCAAGCUUUCCAGUCUGGCAGUAGGCUGAAGGACUCAAAGAUGACCUGUGAUAGUGCCUCUGGAGCAAGUGUGGUCGCCAUUGAUAAUAAAAUAGAGCAAGCAAUGGAUUUAGUGAAAAGCCAUCUGAUGUAUGCCGUGCGGGAGGAGGUGGAGGUGUUGAAGGAGCAGAUAAAGGAGCUCUAUGAGAGAAACUCUGUGCUGGAGCGAGAGAACGCAGUGCUCAAAUCUCUAGCCAACAGCGAGCAACUCUCCCAACUCACCGUCCAGUCCAAUUCCAACCCAUCCAACUCUCCCUCCCAGCUUGGGCCUGUCCCGGGCCAGGCCCAGCCCCAGUCCCAGCCCCAGCCCCAACCUCAGCCUUACCUUCAGCUGGAUGCAAAUAAGACCAUGGACUCCCUGCCACGACAACCGCAGCCCAACGUCACCUCCGCCUGAAGCCUCUGCGAAUUACGCAUAUAUCAUUAGAACAGCAGAAACCCUGUGUUGUUCACUACUUCGCUGAGCGUGCAUGCUGUCGGCCAUCAGGACGGGUGAUCAUGAGGAGAGGUGUUUUCUGCUCGGGCGCAAAAUGCCACAGUGGACCACGGUCUCAAUUGGGGCUCCCGCAUGGCCCCUUAUCCCCCCCCGGACGAGGUGGAGAGUUUGUGAAGAGAGUUAUAUUUUUAAUAAAAAGAAUCCAGCCAUGAAAGCGGUGUAUUUUUUAGCAUUGCAGUUUUCAUGUUGUAAGAAGCGAGAGUCUAUUUUCAGAGCCACCGUACUUCACAUGAUUUCGAUUCACCUGUCAAGUUCAAUUGUACUAUUUGUUAUUUAUUAUUAUAGGGCUGCUAUUUUCAGAGAGGAACAAUGUCACAGAAGAUAAGGUCGAGAGGGACCUCUUCGAUUCUCAAAUCCAACAGUAAUUGGUCAUAAAUUCAAGCGGCAGUCUUACAAUAUCAAUCAUCAAUGCAACCAUAAACAGUGAGAGAGUAGCAGUGGGUAGAGUUCAAACACUAACAGUGAAGUUUCUCUGUGGAUAAAGAAUGUGAACCUGGUGUGAAUGUACAUUUUGUAUAGUAUAAUGAAUAAAAAGAGCGUAACAAGUUUGUACAGAUUUGUGGGUGAAGAUCUAAACUGAAUCCUCAAUGAUCUACCCUGAUGAAGAAAGCUUCAGUUCUGUUGCUAGUAUGUUGGAAAAAGAAGUCAGAUGCCAUAUUCUCCUGCCCGCUACCCUGAUGUCUCAUGCUUUUGGGGUUGGAAAGGGGAUUUAAAAAAAAAAAAAAAACUGUGAAAUUGUUCAACCUACUUUGUAACCAAAGAUGCAAAGCUGUGUAAUUGUUUUCUUUUCCUUUCCUUUUUUUUUUUCUCUGUUAUGCACACUCUAUGUACUUUUUUUUUUUUAUUGUUCCUUACAGCAACUUUUUUUUGUUGUUGCUUUUAGGCAUGUUCUGCAUGAUCUGUUAUCUGUAAAUGUCAAACCACUUUCUUACCUCAUUUGUAUUGGGCACUCAUAUUGUAAGUAGUCUGUGAAUAGUGUCUGCGGGGGAAGGAGAUAUGGAGGUGAUGGUGAGGAGGGGAAAAAUGAACUAGUGUGUGUGACACUAGCCACAGAAAAUGAAGUGAGCCAUGUUUUGUUCAUUUAAAUGGUGUUUGAAUUUCAUAUGCCAAUAGUUUUGUUACAUUGCAAAUUUUAAUGUAUUUAAAUAAAUGCAAUAUUCAAAUUACAAAA